AUCACUUGUCUUUGAACUAUAUAAACCAGUAUUCUCUCCCUUGUUUGUCACUAGUACCACAAUGGCCUUCUUUCUACGACUGGCACUUUGGGUGUCCCUAAUUUUCAUGUCAUCUUCAGAACUUGUCAUUGAUGUCCAACCAAGCGUUAUUUCACCAGAAAUAACACCACAACUUGUGAUCAACUGUUCUAUAACCAACAACAAAGUUCAACAUAUUAAAGUUAUCAAAUCUCUAACUCUUUCUCGUUAUAAUGAAACUAUCAGAGAAUUUGAAGAUCUAUUUACAUUAAACUCUUCGACACUUAAUCUCAAAAAACUUCAUCAAUUAAAAUUUUCACAAAUCAGUUUUGGAAACCUAUAUAUAACUUUAAUUCUACAAAAUCCAACUCAGUUUGAUGCAUUAGUAUAUAGAUGUAAUGUCACUGGAGACAAUGCAGAUGGGACGAAUAUUUCUUUGUUUGAUAAGAUGGCAGUAGAAUAUGAGAAUAACUCGACCGCUUUAAUUGAAGAGAUACGUCGUUAUAAGAAAAAUGAGAGCUUUCAAUGUUCUUUAAAGAAACAUGAGCCCUCUGAGGUCAAUCAAAAAUCAAGAUUUCAAUUUUACGGAAGUUCUGACAUUAUUCAAGAACUAAUUGAGCCUUUGACAUUAAAGUGUUCAUAUAAGACUUUAAGCCAAGGUCAUAAGGAAACUUCUACUAUUCAAUCUCUGUUUAUACUUCAUGAGACUAAUGGUGUCAUUGCAUAUAUAAAUAAACAUCAACCCGUUGUUACAACCAUUCAAGGAGAUAAUUUAAAAAAUGUUGAAGGUGAAAUCUUUGACAACGAAUCAAAAGAUUCCUAUCUUCAAGUCACAUGGCACUAUUUGAAACAUUCAGAAUCUGGAAACUAUUUUUGUGAAACUCAUGUCAGUCAUUCAGAUGGAAGAUUUGAUAAGAUGAAUGAAAUGUUAACAAUUACAGUACAAAGUCCAACACUUGAUGAUUUGGUGAAAGUAAUACAGAAAGUACAAAGACAGGCUGAAGUAGACAAAGAAAGUGUACGAGAGAAUCAACGCAAACUAAAGACAAUUAAAGAAGAUUUGGAUACUAAGCAACAAGAUAUUAUCAGUCUUAAAGAGGAUAUGAAUACUACAAAACAAUAUGUUAAAAACAAUAAUAAAGAUUUGGAUGCUAAGCAACAAGAUAUUAUCAGUCUUAAAGAGGACAUGAAUAAUACAAAACAAGAUAUUAUGAGCAUUAAAGAAGAUUUGGACGCUAAACACCAAAAUAGUGAAAGCAUUCGUGAAAAUAUUGAUAUAAAUAAACACAACAUGACUAUCUUCCAAGAGAAUCUGACCAUGACGGUAGCUAAUUUCUCAGCAGCAUUAAAAGAAGUAGAAAUCCAGAUUCAUGAAGUUAAUAGACUACUUCUGUAUAACUUUGUGCCACCUACAUCUUGUCGUAGCGUUACCAGUACUAAAGCCCGUGUCUUUGUGACUUUAGCUUCCGGGUUAAAGGUCAUGUGUGACACCAAGACAGACGGCGGUGGAUGGAUCAUCUUUCAGAGAAGAAUCAACGGGAAAGUAGAUUUCUAUAGAGACUGGAAGGAGUAUCGUGACGGCUUUGGAGAUUACAAUAUUGGUGAAUUUUAUCUGGGAAAUGAAAAUAUUUUUAAUUUAACUUCUACUGGACAAUAUGAUUUAAGAAUAGAUUUAAAAUAUAUCAACAAGUUAUACUUUGCGCAGUACGAAAACUUUAAAGUAUUGAGUGAGACUGAGAAAUAUCAACUACAGAUUGGAAAAUAUUCAGGAAAUGCACCUGAUGGCUUAUUAGAUCAUAAAAACAUGUACUUUAGUACUUUUGAUAGAGAUAACGACAAGUUAGGUAUAAACUGUGCACAACUCUAUUCAGGUGCUUGGUGGUACAAUGAUUGUCGUCCUAACACUCUUAACGGGAAAUGGGGAAGUAAAUCAGCAGGCAAUGGAUUACACUGGUAUGGUCUAACUGGAUCUGACAGUGUUACCUUUAGUGAGAUGAAACUGAGAGAAAGAAAGUAAAACUCACAUUUUGAUGAAUGUCAAAGUCUUGAUACGUGAGAGUAAAAAUAAAGCAUCUAAACAAAUAUUAUUCUUAAAUACUGAGAUUGUUUCACUGAAAACUAGAUUAUCUUGAUAAUAGCUAAUACGUGUCGAAAUAUUUACAUUUAAUAUAGUUUGUUUGGAAAUAUUAAAGAAUACAACAUUUUUUUUAUUGUACUAUA